AUGUCAGAGGCAGAGGCACCACCACCACCUAUAGUACUACCCCAAAUCACACACACGCCAUCAGAAAAACCACCGCCAUCCCCAACAUCUACUUCUUCUUCUUGCUCGUCCACCGCUACCGAAGACAUCUCCGACUCGGGAGAGGACUUGCCAGCCACAAUGGAGCCCUCUGAAUUCGAUUAUCUAACACACGGCGACCUCCGAUCCCCGGGCCGCGAGUUCGCUCGUGAACGUUCGCUUCGCAAGAAAGCCCCUCACCGACUUGCUUCCUCGAAUACCGUCCAAUCUCCCCCGGUUCAUCCCGGCGUUCAACCAACCUAUCCAUCAGAUGAUGACGAAGACAAGCGAAAAAUAUUGUCACCGGAAGAGCGAUCCAAAGCUCGCAAGAAAGCUAAAAAGGCUGCCAAGGCUGAAAAGAAGAAGGCUUUGAAAUCACAGGAGUCGGUAAAGAAUCCUCGGAAAAGAGAAGACAGGCGGCGGGAGGACGAUCUUGCAGAGGCUGAGAUCGCCGCGUUGAAGAUACAAGAACAACCUGAAGUAGAGCAGACCGAGGAGACAGGAGACACCACAAAUACUACAGAUAGACAGCGGCGGCGGAGUUCAAAUGCACUGGCGCGCCCAGCGAAGCCGCGAAAGACAUCGUCGUCUAACCAGGGCGGAAGCGGAGGAGGAGCUACUAUUAAAUCACCAAAGAUUGGCACCGAAGCCGAUGAAACACCUGGGGCGGGUCUAGGCAAGCGCGGCAACGCGAAACAUGUUGCAGCAUUUACACAGUAUCACGUCGAGGAAGGAAUGCACGUUCACGAAAGAUCAGGCGACAUUGACUUCCAGAUGGCUGCUUUGGCCAAGAUGGAACAGCUAAACGAGAGAUCUCGAGGGGGUAAGCUCGCUCGGGGGUUGGAGGAACUUGAGAAGCGGAAAAUGGAGAGGAAGCGAGAUGAGGCCCUAAAAGGGGUUGUCGACACCGCACAGGAGAGGUACGAGGACGAGAAGUUGGCCAGACUUUACGGCUUGAAGUGA